AUGAGUUUCCUGGAUAAGAUCAAGGCCAAAAUCAUUAGGCACGCCAACAUGCUGAAAUCACGUGGUCUAUCGAUCCGGGGAGCAAGCAUCGUGGCCAAUUCUCUUUUACUCUCUCGUUUAUGGCAUAUUCUUCGUGUGGUUCCAGUACCCUCUGAAUGGAUACGAGAAAUCAAGAAAGAGAUUCGAUCCUUUUUACUUCCUUUCUGGCCCAAACCUGCGUGGGAUACUUUAACCUUACCCAGAUCACAUGGUGCAGUGGGUUUGAUUGAUAUCGAACACCAGAGCAAGGCAUUACAUUUCAUUUAUAUUCAACGACUGUGCAAGAAUCCACGGAUAACCGAUUUCCUAUCACCCUGGAUCAUCAAGUAUUAUCAGCUACUGACAGGACAUGCAUCACUACUUCCAUGGUUUCUUUAUCCCGAAUACUACAGCAAGCAAAUGAAGGCUGAUCCCAACAUGUUACAGUUAUGCUCAGUACUACAAGCACUACCUCCUCUGGCGAUCUGUAAUAGUUGGUCUCAACGAUGGCUUUUGGAUCUACCUUUGGAACCUACCAUCACACCACCACCAAAUCAUCACAAGCUACCGAUGCAGUAUCUGUUAUCCGAUAUUGCAUACUGGGCGCAGGACCGGCAAUGUUUUUUCUUUCACACCCGUCAGCUACCAAAGCCCCUUCACAACUUUGUCCAAUCCCUUCCACAAGCAGUUUCAAUCGCGCCUACAAUCCUUACACUCAUCAACUCGACCACGAUAUCCAUCCAAGCAUCCAGGAUCCUUGGUCCAACACCUACUGCUUCACCACCGGUACCGAAAUCUCGGCUGCCUUCCUUAUCUCAUUGGACUCUACAGGUGUCUACAAGAUGUCAUACCUCAGUACCAACAUCAACAUUAACCCAACUACGACGAUCAUGGCAUCCACAUUGGAAAUUGAUGCUUUCUCGUCCUCGGCCACCAGAAAUACUCCCCCGUCCACUCUGCUUCAUCUAUCCAAGUUCCUUUUGGAAACGUUUUUGGCGCUCUGAGAUUCCUCAUAAAGCUUUCACACCCUGGUGGAGACUACUGCAUGAUUCCAUCGGUACCAGACAAAAACUCCAUAGUUGGAAGAUCGCUGAGGUGGAUACCCCUAUUUGCCGCAUCUGCAAGACCGAACCCGAAGAUCUUCACCAUCUUUUUGUGGAUUGUCCUCGCAAGCACCAAUUCUGGAUUGAUGCGCUAAAUGCCUUUGACCUCUCUGCCACCUUUCCCACCAAACAUUCAAUAUGGCAUGCGUUACACACUCUACAAUCCGCUCCUCGAUCCUAUUUGGCCGACUCUACGAUGUACCGCUUCGGUAUCAUUAUUGCGAUACUGUGGCGAUAUCACUGGCGCUGCAUUUUAGACCACACUGAAUGGAACACGCAAGCUGCCAUGAACCUUCUUAAUUCUAAUAUUCUUUUCACAUCAUCCAUUUCCCAGUCUGUUUCCACAAUCUAA